GUGUGUUUCCUCACUGUCAGAGCGCAUAUGAAGCCUGGUGACGUCUGCAGAAACAAUGACUGCUCCACAUUUUAUGUUUCCUUGAACUUUUCUGCACAUUCUUUUAUUUGAUUUCACAAUUUCUUUGUAGUAGCCAAAGUCUUCCUGUUUCACUUGGUUCAAUUGAGCCAGUGGUUCUUAACUCUGGUCACAGGGCUCUCUGUGUCUUGUUACAAUGCUACACAUUGAAAACACUUUAGCUUAGGGAUUGCAAAUGACAAUUUAAACAUUUUGUAAAUAUAACUAUUGAUUUAUUAUACUAAUCCUGAUCACAGCAGGAUACAUAUCCUUGUUAUUUAUUAAUUUUGAUCCUAUUGUCAGAAUAUCAUUAAUAAUGUGUUGAUAAAUUAUCUUAACAUGAAACAUCACUGUUUUAUCAGUGUUGUAAAAAAACUAAUUUUCCAUCUGAUUUUGAAAAAUUUCACUUUACCCUAUAUGCAUUAGGUGUAUUAAGACAAAAACCAGUGGAAUGUGAUCUUCUUCUUUAAAUUAAAAUUGAACUGAAACCUUUCUGUUUUUGGACAGCACUGUCUCAGAAAGUAGCAACAAUGUUUCCACAUGAAUACUCUGAUCAGAAUUUAAAGCAUCUGUAAUGGUCUGUUGUUCCUGGACACCUACAGUAUAGUUGUGUAUGUACAUUUUCCAUUCUUUGUCCAGGGCUUGUUAUAUGCAGUAUUUUUGGUAUAAAUGUAAAAAGCUCCUUGUUCUUAGUGAAACCGUGAAAAAAAAUAAAACCAGAAUAAGGCUACAAUAAAACUAGUAUGAAGGUGUUGUUAAGACAAAGCUUGAUAAUACAAUCGUUCUGCUGAAAAAAGUUACUUUUCUCUUUUUCCAUUUGGUGGUGGCCAGACAUGGGAGCAAAGUGAGAAAAUUAUGGCUGAAUACAAAACAGUAAAUUUAGCCAAAUAUUUAUUAUGGAGUUUCUAGCUGUGGUUUCAGAGACAAAACGUAACAUUGCACCAUUCUCAGUUAAACACACAUACAGGUGCUGAACACCUCAUGCUCAGUUUUCAUUAUUUCACAUUGCUGUCUCCAUUCCAUUAGCUCACCUCUUGCAAGCCCUCAGCUCAGUCCACUAGUCCUUCUUACUAUCACAUGAUGCUGUGAUUGUGUGUGUACUUAAUUCAGAAUUAGCAUGAUGCUGUGAUUGUGUGUGUACUUAAUUCAGAAUCAGCAUGAUGAUGUGAUUGGGCAUGUGUAUAAUUCAGACUUAAUAUUAUUAUAUUACAUUAAAAUGAAGAAUGAAGCAUGGUUGAAACAUAAAGAAUGUUCCUUUUUCUCCCUUUACUUUGUUUGGGGCAUUAGCAGCCUGUAAUUGAGUUCUUGUAGUUAAUUGUGUUGUUUUUGUGGCUGUUGCAGUUUAAAAGAUCCGUAUUAUAUUCUCGAAAGGGAGAGAUAGCAAAAGAGGUAAUAACUCUUAUCAUAGCCUAUCCCCUUGUGAAAUCCACCCAUCAGAGGAAAUGAGAGUUUCCUGUUAUUUUUUUUCAAUCUUUUCCUUUAGAAAGGUUUAGAUGUGCACUCUCGAUUCACAAGGAGACAGGAGGAUAAACUCCUCUAAAAUGGAAGAAGCUUGUUCUUCAAGUAUUUUAUUAGUCCUGCUAUGGGCCCUUGUAGGAUACGAUGGGCUCACUUGUGGAACUCCAACAACAGCAAACACAACGACGCAAGGUUCUUAUCUGACAAACGGGUACAAUGAAGGGCUCCAAAUCUGUGAUGAAGCAGGUCUCUGCCCUGAGCAUUGUGCACCCUGUGAAGGACACUGUGGAAUGUUCUGCUACGAGUGCCUUCUUGAAGAAAAGUGCUGGAGAGAUUUCAACAAGACCAUGAAUGAACUGGACAACACAAAAUGGUGUACAUGGAAUAACAUUAGCAGACCCUACAGCAAUUUCAGUCAGUGCACAGAGGAUGUGGCUGACUGUCUAGGUAUUCCUUGGCCCAACAAAAAGAGUGACGACCUAUUCAUGAAACUGCACUCCAAGCACUUCAAAAACUGUGACAUCCGUUCUGAGUACAUUGAGCCCCCUCUGAAAGUAAUGACAGCUCUCGUCAUGACACCCAUCUGCCUCAUUCCACUGAUGGUCAGCCUGGUUGUCUGGAAGACUAAAGACGGAGAGCCCAGCUCAUGAAUCCCAUGCACUUUGACAUGUACCAGCUGAUUCCACAUGUAAAAAGACUGGAAGAGGAAAUAUGGAAACACAAAACCAUUUGCAUAAUGGUUUGUGACUACAAUUUUACAAACUGCAGGCUCCUCUGUACAAUGUUUUGGGUAUAUCAUUCUUGUUACCUUGCUGUGAGUAUGUUAUACUGGAUAUAAUAUAUAUUUUCAUGCAAUACUAGUAUAGCAUGAAAUCUGACCUCCUGUGUAUCAAAGUGCAGUGGGCGUUUUAUUGUCAUUCCUGUAGAUCAGAACAUGCAAUGCUUACAGAUUAUGCACAAAACUUGCAGGCUGCUGUUUCCCUGCACCAUAAACUUUAAGCACAUAAUCUCAACCUCUCAUUUACCUCAGAUAUUCAGAGUGAAAUAAGUGAAGUGUGAAACUCUUUGGCAAUAAACACUUUGACUUGCUUUCUUCUGCGUUACUAAUACUAAGGUUAAGGGAGUGAGAAACGUUGUGCAGAUUUAGAUCAGAGCUUCUCAUUGUUAUACUGGAGGAUGAGACUCCAGGAGGCUUUUUUAAAUGUCCUUAAGUCAUGAACGGCACAGGACGUCUUGGUUUAAUUUAUUCAACUAAGGCUUAGCUGGACAAAUUCAAUCCUCCUUUACAGGUCUGAAGCUGCACCCAAUUUCUGGAGGCACAAUUAAAUGUACUGGACUGCUGAUCUUGAGAAGCACACAAGGGAAGCUCUGGUCUAAAGCUUUAAAUCAGUCACUGGCAGCUGCAGUCUUUGAGGGCCUGUACCUUGCAAUCCAGAGCUACGACCUUAAAAAACAAAUGACAUCACUUCCAAAAUAAUUGGUUCACUUAAUCUGCUUCGAAUCCAACAAGUGCUGGGGACUUGCAAAAAUGAUGAAUUUGUAAAAUUAAGCAGAGAAGGUAAUUAAUUUCAGAGAAAAUCAAAUCCAGAUAUCCCUGCAGCCCUGAAGAAACAGAGUUUUGUGUUACCGAAACACAGAAUGGUCUUUAAAGACGUCAUUGUGCUUACAGCUGGGGUUUUGCCCUGGCUCUGUGUUUCCACCACACACUGAGGUACUUCAAACUUUCAUCUUAACCGCAAAGUAAAAAGUAAACAUGAAAAAUGGUAUCAAAGUUAUAACAUGAAUUAACUGCUCCAGCUGAUUUGAUUAAAUUUGUGUUGUUUGCUUUGCUUUUUACCAGACCCAUCUGUUUGGAUUCUGUUUAGUGGUAGGACCCUGGGAACAGCUGAUCAACAUUACUGUACUUGCUAGAUUAGCUUUUCAAGUGUUUAAUGACUAAGGAACACAAAAUCAUCACAAAUAAACUGAAAUUAAUUCAUUCUAAAAGCAGGACUAAUUCAAUUUGCAUAUUUAAUUUUUUUUACAAAAUUGCAAUGGUGUUGUAUUUAUGCUAUGUUUGCAUUUAAAAGGGAGAUACGUUAUGAUAGUAUUUUUUUUUAUCUUUUCACUAUAUUCAAUAUAGAGGCAUAUUUGAAAGACCUGUCCAAUCCAGUGAUUUCCCUCAUUUCAACUUAGAGACAUUUUGCAGCUGUAAGAUAUUAAACCACCACGUCUGUAGAACCACUGACGUAUUUAAAACAAGGAAGAAAACGUUUCAGCAUGAACAUUUCUCGUCACAACCCUUUCUAAUGAAGUCCAUUAUUGCAUGACUACCUUGUAAAGAACAGAACAUGUUUUCCUCUUCUGCUUUGCAUUUUCUAGUUUGCCAAGUCAGGUAGUAACAUUAUUGCCUAAAAGAGCAGUGUUUCUGCUUGUGUGCAGUGUUAAUGUCGACCACUGUAAAACACAAUUCCAGGACUUGGCUUAAUCAAUUGAAUCCACACCUCAGGCGGAAAAGCAAAGCUCCAGAACUGUUUUUUCCUUGUAGAAGGCGAAUAAACAAACAGUGCUUUCCAGUGUUCUGUGAUGAAAUUCCAUAAAUUUAAGGUGGACGGGAUUGCAGGGAUAAGUGGAUCCACAAUUCCAGGAAAUAAGCAUGUCUUGAUAAUCUUCCUGGAAUUGUCCUCCAGUUUACUGCUCAAUCCCAUUGUCUCUACAUUCUGGGGCUAUUCCAACAACUGGCACCAGAUUAAUGAACUGUGUGAUGCGGGAGAAAAGUAAAGGAACUGGUCAGGAACAAAUACUUCUGCUUCUGCUCUCACAUGUGGUAUGAACACCAAGAAAAAGAAUUCUAAGAAUAACAAAUGUUUGUUGACAUCUGCAUUCUUUAAACCAUUUUCUCAAUUUGUUUUUUUAUAUGUUUUGUAUUUCCAUUCCUAGAAUUCGGAAAGUGCAUCUAUGAAAUUUUUCUUUAUAUGUAAAUAUUUAACCAAUUAAAGAAAUAUUUACUUCUUCUGGGAUAUAUUUUUAUAACAACCAACACUUUUGUAUGUGUUGUCCUAAUUCUGUCUUCUUCCCAUUUGGUAUCAUUUCAACAGAUUCAAAAUGAUUGGAACAUAUUCUGAUACUUUGGAAUAUUGCCAUGUUUGUUAAAACAAUGACCACGGGUGAUGGCCAUCUCUCAAUGCUGUUUUCUUGAUAUAUAUUUAUAGUAUUUAUAUUGUUAUAUCAAUCUCUAUGUUUUGUUUUGUUAUAUUGUUACACAAUAUGUAUACUUAGUAAUACAAUAUACAGCUUUAGUAACCCUA